GUUUAUAUAUUUAUUUGUUUGUUUGUUUAUAUUUCAAAUUUCUAUCACCGCCCAUCUCUCCUGAAAAGGGGACUCUGGAGUUGUUGGAAAUGGGUCUUUAUCAACCCUGCAUCUGAUUUCAUUUAAGUUAGUUAAAUUAAUUACGUGCAGUUUAACUAUAUCUUCCCCAUAUGUUUCAUGAUCCUCUGUCUUCUGUCACAUUAAAGAUUACACUUUGGUGGCAACCUCUGGAGAGGCUCCAAGUACCACAUACGUACUUCUGGGGCUGCAGAUCCUGCCUAGCUGCUGUACGAUGCUACAUGACAGGGCACUUGGUGAUGAGUUGCAAGCUUUGGAAGAUGCAGUGCAGAACUAAGAAUUAUGGGGUGGGGCAGGCCUUAAAAGCUGCCUCAAGCACCUCAUCUUCCUCAGUAAAAAGGACCUCUAGUCUAUUCUCUUGGUGGACUUCUUAUCUCUGGAAGAAAGAAAGCGAGGGGGAAGAAGAAAAAGUGGAUUAUUUCUAGAUUCAUAGAGGUACUAUGGGUUGCUGUUUCCUCUGUUCAUGCUGGAUUUCUGGACUGGGAUCCAUCAUGUGCUCAUCCCCAGAUUUUUAAAGAUUCCCUCAAUUUGGACUCAACUCCUGAUGAUUCAUUACAAAGAUAUAUCCCUAUAGACUUCGUAUCCUUUGAUAUAUACAACAAACCAAUUCCAGAAUAUUUGCCAAGCCAGUGUUAGUCAAGCCAGUAAAAGAAUGCAGAUUAGGAUUUUCCAUUAUAAGCACAAAGGCAAUGCAUUAAUACAGACUCCCAUUCCUAUCUGAGCAGCCUAACUGAGAGUGGGCAAGUUCUCCAUUCGGUUUCUGAAUAAGUCCAUCUUAUGUAUCAGUGAAGGCCCCUAGAAAUCUCUUGCAGCCCCAGCACCCGCAAUGCUGCAGCUUCCAAACCCUUGAGACCAUCAGGCAUUUAUUUGAUGUUGUUAUACUUUUUGGUUUUGUAAUUUUAAUUUCUUUGGCUUCCCUUUGGAGGACAAAUAAAUGAUUGCAUGCAUGGUAAUUUGUCAUGGGUGAGGUGGCCUAAACUGGUAAAAUUACAUGUAUGCUUAGUAAUAAGUGUGUAGGACUAUCUGUCUGUAUCUGUGUAGUAAAUCUAAUUAAAAUAAGGAUACUGUUCUAAGUUAACUAAUGAUUUGAAUUCUCCUUUCUUGUAAAGCAGAGCUUACAGGAUAAUUAUCUCUGUGCAUUAAUCUUUUCCUUCUCUUUCUCUUCAUCUGAAAUCCACUUAUGGAAGAUGACACCAAGUUGGUAUUCAAAGGCAGAUAAGAGCAAGGUGUUUCAGAAAUGUAACAUAGGAAAAGGGAGAGAAAAGAUGGGCUACAGAGCUGGCAUGUGGUUUUAAAUAGUUUGCCUUGAGGGACUGAAGGUUGACCUGAGUAAAUCUUGAGGGGCUCUGCAGUUUAAAUAGAUUCAAAUUGUACAUAAAGCUCAUAUCUAUAUCCUGGUUUUUAUAAAAAACAGAUGGUAUGAUGUAUCUGUUUCUGCAUUAUAAGAUUUCAAACUGCAGACAGUGGCAGAUUUUCUGCACAUAGAGCAUAAAUAGAUAGAAGUACAUGUGCAUAGAUUGGGAAACUAUGAACAGAGCAUCUUAGUUAACAAAAAAAUCUGAUGCUGAAUUAACUCAGGAAAUGUCAACAAAUGGGAAAAGCCAAGGACUGUAUGAAGAAUGACCUAACCCAUGCAAGUCUUCCUAAAAUAUGGGGUUUUGGAAAACGGGGAAAGCUGAAGUUAUAUUGGAAGUCUUUUGGGAUGGUAGCUCUGCUCAUGAAACCGAGUUAGCAUCUCUGUUUCAAAUUUUCUCAAGUAUUGUGAACUACUCAGUGCUGGAAUUUGUGGUCUCCUGUGUAGUUGCAUGAAGAAGUUCAACUCCUGCAUGCAUCAAGUUGAGAUGAAUGCCAUCCAGACAAACUAGAUAUGUGCAUCACAGAGAUACUCCUUACAAACAAUGAAGCAAGUCUUUUAUGAAGACAAUUACCUUUCCACAAGGCAGUAAAGGGACUGUAUGUGAGGUUAUGAAAAAUUGGCAAUGGAGUCUCUCAAACACAGCAAUCCAAAAGAAAUAAACUGAUCGGGCCUGACAAGAAUAAAAAUAAUCCAAAACUGGGAGCCUUUGGAAAAAAUGCAGUGGUGACAAAGGAGAUACUGAGUUGCUGUUUUGUGUCUUCCAGGCAGUAAGACAUCUUUAAAGGGCUAAAAAUUCUGCAGAAGGGUUUGAAGAUCAGCUUGCAUCAGUGUUUCUCACCCUUGGCAACUUUAAGAUAUGUGGACUUCAACUCCCAGAAUUCCCCAGCCAAAGUUGAGAAACACUGGCUUACAUAAUUAUCUUUGGCUUGCUUUGUUCAUAGGUAGUAGAAAUAUACAUAAUGAAGUAUGUACUUUGGAUAUCAGGAAACUGGCUUGAAUAAGAUCAGAAAACAAUGCUAAGUAGGGUUCAAUGGCUGAAUAUAUUCACAGGCAAAGCCUCAAGAUAGGUUGGACUGUCUGUAAAGCAACUUAUUCAAGCAUGGUCACUGACAAGCAACUGCAGUGCAAGGGAGAAAAAUUGCAGACAUCUAGAAAAGCCAACCUAGGUGCAGAAAAAUGCUUUAUGGAGCACUGGAAUUAUUAAAAGAACAUGUUUAAGAAAUGGAAGGGUGAGUACAAAUAGCUCGCACCUACAGAGACAGUUGGAAAGAAAGCUAAGAACAAGUCAGGACUGGGGAGGAGUCCUCAGCACAACCCCCCCACCCCCCCAAUAUCUGAGUACUUGAAGAAAGGGAUGGAAUUGAUAGGUCCUCCACUCAGUGAGGAUGAUGGAAAUCUUAAAAAAUAAAAUGGAAAAGGUAAACCUGACUCUUCUUAAGACAAAAGGGAGACUAUAUUCAUGAAUUAGUACCAUGGUUGGUUUGAGAUCAGGGAUACAGUUCAAAAGUGACAAGAUAUUUAUCAGGAAUCCAAGACUUUUGGGUCAGACAAUUGCUUCUCAGGUUAUUAAAGGAUCUUGCUAAUGUGUUCUCAGAAAAUCUGUCAUUAUUUUUGAGAUGUUCUGGGGAAUGGGUGAGAUGCCACCAAACUGGGAAGGAAGGGCGAUAAAGUAUUUAGCAACAGAAAAGAGAUAGAUGAAACUACAAACCAGUCAAAGUGACUCCAGUAUGGGAAGUUACCAGAACAGAUUACAGUAAUGACAUUUUGAGGAAUAAUUAAUAAAAGCCAGUGCACCUUUGACUAGACUCCUGCCAAAUGUGUUUUCAAUCAAGUUAUUACAUAAUGGAUUGUGGUAAUGUUAUGGAUGUAAUGUAUCUUGAUUUCAGCAAAGCAUUGGCCAAGUUCCUAGUGAUAAUUUAGCUAGCAGACUGGUUAAAUGUGUGAUAGAUGAUCCUAGGAUGAUUCAGGGCUAGCAAGCCAACCAUGAAACAGAGCCAGUUUGAUGUAGAGGUUAAGGCACCAGACUAAAAUCGGGGAAACUGUGAGUUCUAGUCUCGCCUUAGGCACAAAGCCAUCUGGGUGACCUUGGGCCAGUCACUCUCUCUCAGCCCUAGGAAGCAGGCAAUGGCAAGCCACUUCUGAGACUGCAGGGACUUGCCCAGUCAGUCACCGGCAGUCAACACUGACUUGAAGGUAGGAGGGAAAAAAAGCCAACCAUUCGUACAGGAUGUAUUCACAUAACAUGCUUAACCUGAAUUAACUGAACUGCACAAUGGCUGCAGGAGGGAUCAAGUUCAUCUUCAGUGGAGGUCUUGAAUAGAUGGCUAACAUGCAUCUCCUAUGGAUGCUCUCACUCUGGAUUUCCUGUAUCAAUAUGUGACCCAUCAGUUGCAGCACCCAUUUUCCAGCACUGAAUCAUGGACACUGAAACUGUACCCUCACAAGAAGCUUCCCUGACUGUUAAUGAGCAGGUGAUUGUGAUGUCAGGACAUGAGACCAUUAGGGUGCUGGAGGUGGGGGUAGAUGCUCCUCUCUCAGUAAAAAAUGAAGGGAAAACGCUGAAAACAACAGCUGCAGCAUCUGGAGGAGAGGCUUCUGUGAACUGCCCUCCAGAAACAAGUAAAACAGGACAGGAAGGGGUACAGCAAAACCCAGAGAAGGCAUGCAGAGAGUCGGGCGGUGAAGUCAAGGCAUUGCCUGAAAUAACAGCUGUGCCUAUCCCAGGAAUUGUGCCGUUUAGCCAAGUGACAAGCCAACCAACACAGACUUUAACUCCCAUCACAGUGCAAGCAGCGCCACAGGUCUUGACUCAGGAAAACUUAGCAACAGUUGUGACAGGCGUAAUGGUUCCAGCAGGGGCAGUUACUCAACCUCUUCUUAUCCCCAUCAGUAUUGCAGGUCAAGUGGCAAGUCAGCAGGGGCUGGCUGUGUGGACAUUUCCUGCAGCAACGGUGGCUGCCCUCCCAGGACUGACGGCUGCCUCUCCUACUGGGGGAAUUUUCAAAUCACCUAUAGCCAAUCUGCAAGCCGCUGCAGUGCUGAACACAGCAUUGCAAGCCCCUUUGCAGCCAGCCCAACCUUUCCAGGCACAGCCAACAGCCCAGCCCCGGCCAGCCGUCCAAACACAGACUGUGUUCCAGCCACCAGCUCAGCCAGCCCUUUUGCCACAGCCGACCACAGUAGCCGCUCCGCCUGCCGCCAAGCCACUGGAAACUCAGACCCAGAUCACGGUUCAACCCGCAGGAUUUGCAGGAAUAAUCAGUGCAGCUUCUCUUGGAGCCCCAACCCAGCUCCUCAGCUCACUGGCUGCCACGCCUGUCAUUGCAAACACCAUUCCCAGCGUGCAAGGAAUAACUGGACAAAUCCUGACUAAUGCUCAAGGACAAGUUAUUGGAACUCUUCCAUGGGUAGUGAACCCAACUGGAAUUGCCACAGCAACUCCUGCCCCUGCCACAUUGCCAGCACAAAAUCUACAAGUACAGGCGGUGACACCACAGCUGCUUUUAAAUGCCCAGGGCCAGGUCAUCGCCACCUUGGCUAGCACCAUCCAGACAGCAACCACUGUCAGGAAAUCAACUCCCCCAGAAUCUCCAGCCAAGAGUGAGGUCCAGCCAAUUCAGCCUGCCCCAACUCUCUCACAGCCAACUGUGGUCAUUGCAAGUCCUCCCCCAGCAUCCAAACUAGCUUCUACUCCUGUCCCCAUCACCUCCUCGGAGACACCAACUGUUAGCCAGCUGGUUUCAAAGCCUCAACCUCCAAAUAGUGGAAGUGAUGAAGAUGGCAUAAACCUGGAGGAGAUCAGAGAGUUUGCCAAGAACUUUAAGAUUCGACGUCUCUCUCUAGGUCUCACACAAACUCAGGUGGGGCAGGCAUUAACUGCCACCGAAGGACCUGCAUACAGCCAGUCUGCUAUAUGCAGAUUCGAAAAGCUGGACAUCACCCCCAAGAGUGCCCAGAAGCUGAAGCCCGUGCUGGAGAAGUGGCUGAGCGAGGCUGAGCUUCGGAACCAGGAAGGCCAGCAGAACCUGAUGGAGUUUGUGGGUGGGGAGCCUUCCAAGAAGCGGAAACGCCGCACCUCCUUCACCCCACAGGCCAUCGAGGCCCUAAAUGCCUAUUUUGAGAAAAAUGCCCUGCCCACCGGUCACGAAAUCACUGAGAUUGCCAAGGAGCUCAAUUAUGACCGGGAGGUGGUCCGGGUUUGGUUCUGCAACCGGCGACAGACACUCAAAAACACCAGCAAACUCAAUGUCUUUCAGAUCCCUUGAGGGCCGGAGCUCGCAGUGAGAGCCUCCCUUUCCCUCCCUGGCUGCCGUAAGCACUUUGUGGCUAAGUCUCCCCUGCCCCUGCCACCCGUUUAUAGUGAUGACUGAAGUGAAAGCGGGGAGAGAGGAUCUCCUCUUGUUUUAUUGUGCCCCGGCCUACUCUACUCGUCAGCUGCUUCCUUCCUCCCCGAUGACUGCACUGAGCUGUGAAGGCUUAGGAGUCCAUUGGCGUUUAGCUUCUUCCUGUGUCAGACAAAACAUGGUCAGUUAAAGAAAAAAGGUUCCCCUUGCCUGGUUUGUGUGCAUUUUUCUUUCUUCUUUCUUUUUGAAGGUAGCGUUAGGACUGCCACCAGCAGAGCAUCCACCAGGAAUGAUGGGCAAAACCCUUUUUCAUUUUAGCCUCUUUUCAUAGGCACAUUACCACUUCCUAUCCAGUAACAAGCCCCGCUUGUUAUAUCUAAGCAGAGUUGUGGCGUAAUUUAUAUAUCCUUUUCCGUGUGAAUAUAACUAUGAUGAUUAUCAUGCAGAGCACUAUUAAACUGAAAAGUGUUUUAUUCGUUUUUUUCACCUGCCAGGACCCUGAAGUUUAAUGUCCUGGUUCCCUGUUGUUUCUUUUAUUUUAAGACUGAUUUGCUAGCUAAAGUUUCCCUUCCAGAAGAAGGCUGAGAAGAAGAGGGAGGCAGGUACAAUUGUUUAUGUCUUGGGAUAUUUUAAAUCUAGGGAAUAUCAUGCCAGAAGAAUGGCACUAGAAAUAACAAGUAGGCCUGGGCUUAGCCUACUGAAGGGGCAAGGAAGAUCUAGCCAGGCAAUAAUAAAAGAAGAACAAGAAAACUGCCUUAAACUAAGUCAGACCAUUGGUCCAUCUGUUGCAGUAAUGUCACUUUUGCCUGGCUUUAGCUCAACCUAGAGCUUUUAUGCAGUUUUUCCAACCCUACCUGGCAAUACAGGUAGUCCUCAUUUAGCAAUCGUUCAGUUACAACCGUGAUGAAAAAGUAACUUUAUGACCAAUCCUCACAUGUACAACCUUUACAGGUCUGUAAAGCAAAGGAAAGCUGAAGUAAGAUCGUAAACACAGUCGCAAUUUCAGUUAGCGACCACUUUGCUUAACA